UCUUCUUCUUCUUCUUCUUCUCCUCCUCCUCCUCCUCCUCCUCGUAGCCCUGCGGCACGUGACGGUGGGGCCCGAGCGGCUGCUGCAGUCCGGGGGCUGGGGACCGAAGCCGCCAGACCAUGAAGGUGAAGUGGCUGCUCUGUGUGACGUUGCUGGUGCUUGGGGCGACUCUGACUCGGACCCACGACGGGGACGAAGACCAUGAUGAUGAUGUAAUCGAUGUGGAGGAUGACCUGGAUGGCAGUGACGAAGGAGAAGACACCAAGCCUGAGGCCAGCUCACCUCCUCCGUCCCCAAAGGUUACCUACAAAGCUCCAGUUCCAACAGGGGAGGUUUUCUUUGCCGAUGCCUUCGACAAGGGAACUUUGGCAGGAUGGGUCCUCUCCAAAGCUAAGAAAGAUGAUACCGACGAUGAGAUCGCCAAAUAUGACGGGAAAUGGGAGGUGGAAGAAAUGAAGGAGAGCAAGCUUCCGGGAGACAAAGGACUUGUGCUAUUGUCACGGGCCAAACAUCAUGCCAUUUCUGCCAAGCUGUCCAAACCCUUUGUAUUUGACACCAAACCCCUCAUCGUUCAGUAUGAGGUGAAUUUCCAAAGCGGAAUAGAAUGUGGCGGGGCCUACGUGAAGCUGCUUUCCAGGACCCCGGAACUAAACCUGGACCAGUUUCAUGACAAAACUCCGUACACCAUCAUGUUUGGCCCAGAUAAGUGUGGCGAGGACUAUAAACUGCACUUCAUCUUCCGCCAUAAGAACCCAAAGACCGGGGUGUAUGAGGAGAAGCAUUCUAAGCGUCCAGAUGCAGAUCUGAAGACCUACUUCACUGAUAAGAAGACUCAUCUGUAUACUCUGGUCUUGAAUCCGGACAACAGCUUCGAGAUCUUGGUGGACCAGACCGUUGUGAACAGCGGGAAUCUGCUGAACGACAUGACCCCUGCUGUGAACCCCCCACGUGAAAUCGAGGACCCCGAUGACCAGAAGCCAGAGGACUGGGAUGAGAGACCCAAGAUCCCGGACCCAGAUGCCGUCAAACCGGAAGACUGGGACGAGGAUGCCCCGGCUAAGAUUCCGGAUGAGGAAGCCACGAAACCCGAAGGCUGGCUGGAUGACGAGCCGGAGUAUGUCGCCGAUCCGGAUGCUGAGAAACCGGAGGACUGGGAUGAAGAUAUGGACGGAGAGUGGGAGGCUCCUCAGAUUGCCAACCCCAAGUGUGAGUCGUCCCCCGGCUGCGGCGUCUGGCAACGGCCAAUGAUCGACAAUCCCAAUUACAAGGGCAAAUGGAAGUCUCCUAUGAUUGACAACCCCAACUAUCAGGGAAUCUGGAAGCCAAGGAAGAUCCAAAACCCAGAUUUCUUCGAAGACCUGGAGCCUUUCCGCAUGACCCCUUUCAGCGCCGUGGGGCUUGAGCUGUGGUCCAUGACAUCAGACAUCUUCUUUGACAACUUUAUCAUUUGCGCGGACCGAGCGGUGGCCGACGAUUGGGCCAAUGAUGGAUGGGGGUUGAAGAAAGCUGCCGACGGAGCUGCCGAGCCCGGCGUGGUGGGGCAGAUGGUGGCGGCAGCCGAAGAGCGUCCCUGGCUGUGGGUGGUCUACGUUCUGACCGUGGCUCUGCCGGUGUUCCUGGUGGUGCUCUUCUGCUGCUCCGGAAAGAAGCAGCCCAGUGCCGCUGAGUACAAGAAGACCGAUGCCCCUCAACCAGAUGUGAGUGGGGAAGACAAGGAAGAGGAAAAGGAGAAGGCCAACAAAGAGGAAGAAGAGGAGGAUGAAGAGAAGCAUGGAGAAAAGCAGAAAAGUGAUGCUGAAGAAGAGGUAGGCAAUGCCAGUCAAGAGGAAGAAGAAGAAGGUAGUCGAAAAACUAAGGCAGAGGAAGAUGAGAUUUUGAACAGAUCCCCCAGAAACAGAAAGCCGCGAAGAGAUUGAAACAAACCUUUCAGAACUUGAUCUGUGAGAUUCCAUUUUUCUCUUUUCUGGCUGGGGCCCUGGCGGAAGGCCCGGGACGGCUUACAUUGAAACUUGGACAAACCUCAAGACUUCAUCAUCAACAGGUUCCAGUCAAACACUAGUCAAUGUAAUUUUGAGCAUCUAGUAGUAAAUAUUUGCAGUUGUGUUAAAAAGAACAUCAUUCCUGUAGAAAGAAAGCGUUUAAUGUAAUGGUUUGUAGAAUUUUUUUUUUUUGAAAUGUAACAUGAUGCAACUAACCCACAUUUUUGGAUUUAAAAUGCUCACUUUUGUGUUUGGUUGUUUUUUUAGUAGAAUGGUAGAAUUCCAAUCUUCGCGAUCUUGACCUAAUUUAAUGUAUUAAUCUGUCCGUGGAAAAUAAUGGCAACAUUUAGACGAUGAUAGAUGAGAUGCAGUCUUUUAUAACUUAGAUUUUUUUUUUAUAAACUUCAAAAUUCCAAAACAUUAAAGUGUCUCUGUGUCCCUUAAAAAUCUGAUGAUUCGGAUUAAAGUAAAGCCACCCAUGUGGUUAUAUUAAUCGCUCCCCUCCCCUCUCCUUUAAGAAACCUUGAUUCUAGGGAGCGGGGAAGUGUUCCAAUCCAUAUAAAGAUGGUUUUGACUAAGCUGUAUGGAAACCAGACUAGCUAAGAGUGGGAGGAGCAGAGUAAGGCCGCAAAUUCUGUCGCCCUUGAUCACUGCUAGGCGGAGAGGCGUGGUAUGGUCUUGGGAGAUGCUGACCCCAUUAGCUGUGGGUGGAUUUCUGGUCUCCAGCCUUCUUGGGUGGUUUCUUUUAGUUCUUAAACUGUUCAACAGGGCUGGCGGUGUGUAUGUGAUUGGAUGAGUGUAUGUGAUGGGGUUUUUUUUUUUUUUUUUGGUAUGUGCAUGUGUGUGUUUUUUUUAAAUUACUUCCCCUUCUACUCUGUUGAUAUUGUGCACUCCCUCGCGCCCUGCCCCCCACCUCUAGCUUUCUCUGCUGCUAUGCAGUUUCUUCAGAGCGCAGCUUGCCCUCCAUUGUUGAAAAGAAUUAUAUGCUCAGCACAGUGUUAAAUUUUAAUGUGAUCACAUGUAUACGUAUGGUAUGUUUUUCUGUAUACAUACACAUGCAUAUAUAUAUACAUUAAAAGCUUGGACUCCCUCACUCCUCUCCUCCCAAACCUGCUUCCAAGAUCCAAGCCCAGGGUAGAAAGGUCUCAUAAUUUUAUCAUUGUCUCUACUCUCCAUGUGAAUGCAAACCCAGAGGCUGAAGAGGUGAUCAGAUCACGGACCAGCUGUCGAUGCAGACUACAGUAUUUUGUGUGUGUGUGUGUGUGUGUGUGUGUGUGUUUUGGGGAGGGGUGGCGGGGAGGGGAGAGGUUAGGGGAGGGGCCCACCUGGUUUGUGUAACUGUUAAGCCUGUCAAGGCUUUCAUCUGUUCUUCAUGUAAAAUGACAUCUUCAAUUCCAUUGAAUGUAGGGAGUUCCAAUUCUUCAAACAAAAUAAAUUUUUUUAAAAGUGUUGCUUAUAGAAUACAUUGCUGGUCUUAGGUGGUCUUUGUUUUUAUUUGGGAUGCCAAUGUGUGCUACCAGAGCAUAUUCUAGGGGGAAGCGCUUUGAAAUACCUUCAGUACACUGUAUUGAAAUGUGGGGGGGGGGGGGUUAGAUGUUAAUAUUUUUAGCAUUUUUUUUUUGUUUAGGAUAGCUUUAAAUGUACUGAUUCACCGUGUCCUUGCACUGAAUAUAUAAACACUCCACAGUGUUCUUGUAUUUUGGGGGCAGGGAGGCAUGGGAGAGACGAGUCAUAGGAGAAAAUGCAGUGUCAGUCAGUUUUGCAAAUUAUUCUACCUUUUGACUGGUACUCAUUAAAUAAAACACCAAAAGGGAAUGCCUUUUGCUUCCUCUUUUAAUGCUGUACUCUUUCACAUGUUGUUUUGCUAAGUUAAAGUGACCAUAGCCGUGUAGCAGGUUUUCUCAAAUGAACCGUAGUGCAGAUCAACCUUUAUUGAGCAAGAGCUUGAAAAGAUGUUUACGGGUUUCUGCUUGAAGCAGACGUUUGGGGUCCCCGGACCUCUAGAAAUCAGCUAACGUAACACCACCCGCUCUGUAUCGUUCAGUGUACCUCACCUCUCUGUGUAUGCAGUGCCCAAGCGAGGAACACUGUUUAAGGUUGACUGACACCUUUGAGCUACUGCUGUCUUUAAGUCAUGUUGGAUCCCAAGCCAAAAAAAAAAAAAAUGCUACUUCGAUGCAGGAAUGAGAAGCAGCAGCUGCGCUUCCUGAUUCUCCUGUGACCUUCCUCUUUUUUUUAAUUGAGGCCUACAGCCUCCGUGUCUGACUUAAAUGAGUGGCAGCGGUUUGCCCAACUGCCCCAAUGGCCGAAUCGCAACCCGUUAGCCCACUGAUGGUUAAUUCUCUGCCACUGACCCCCUCCCUUAAGAUGCUCCUCUAGUUUUCUCCAUCCCCAAGAAAGUAUCGUGGUUGCUCAUUUUUCAACUUGUCAGAAAGGAUAUUGUGUUAAAGCUCUUAAUUUGUGUCAGUGCUUUCCCUGUGUGUGUGUGUGGUUUUUUUUUUAAACUGGGUUUUCGUGAGAGGGACAUUAGUGUCUAAACUUUGGUUCAUCAUUUUGAGUUUAAGAUGGAUGAGGAGUUUGCAUCUUCAAGGGGGAGAGGGUAUUUAGUACCUUGAUUUAUUUUUGGGGGUGGGAUGGGAGUGGUGGUCAGAUAAAGCAGUUGCCAUGCUGGGCUUUGAUACCCAAAGGGUUUAUAAAAUCUAUUUUAUGGAAACAGAAUUCACUAGGACUAGCAGUGUCUUGUUAGGAUCUCAGUGUACCUAACUGUCCAUUUUUUCCACUCCACAUGGUUUAAUGUAACUGCUGCCUACAUGAAGGAGUGCUUCUUUUGUUCCUUGUCCAGAGAGAACACUGUGGUUUUUUUUUUAAAAAAAAAAAAAAGUUCUGAGAAAACACCAAAUGUUCCACCAUUAUUGGUUUAUUUUUUUCCCCUUUUAGGGGCUACUGAUUCUUAGUCAUUCAUCAUUCACAAACCACAUCUUUUACUUCAUCUUGAAUUGGUUUUGGACAGCAGCAAAAUGCCAGGAGUAUUUAUAAAAACUAUGCCAAAAGGAAAAUCACGUCUAUGAACUAUCACGUUUUAUGUUGCUUACUGAAGGGAGGUGCUUACAAAUGUAGCAGAAUAACUUCUUGCUGGAACAUACUUUUUUCUUUCUCUUUUUCUUUUUUUUUUUUUUAAGGAAAAGCAUUUUUAGGAAUUGAGGGUUAGACUGCCCAGUUGCUGUUGAAGACUGCUGAAAUUUAUAGUGUCACAGAGGAAUAAAUAAUUCAGAGAGGUGUCAUUAACCGCCCUUACUCCUUUUCCUGGCUCCGCUUAACCUGUGGUAGCAAAUAGGUUGCCAGGGGCCGGUUUCUUUGUCCAAACAGUCGCUAAAUGCCAGUAUUGCCUCCAAAAACCAUUGAGAGCAAAACCCUCAAGUAUUGCUAACGAGAACUGUUGACGUGUCGAACCGACAACUCCUGUGUCCGUUGUAAAAGGGUAAUUGUCGAUGCAAUAUGCAUAUAUAAAAUUAUUGGAUAAGUUAUAAAUAAUGUAACAGUUUACUGAUCAAUAAAGAAACUUAAACCCA